AUGGGGAUGUCACGUCGGUUCUCCAGUGUGCCAAUCCUCAAGAAGGUCCUGCCACGGGUUGAGCUUCUGCCGUCCUCCGGAGGGGUUGUUGCCAGCAACGGCAUCGUCGGCAGGAAACCCAACCGCUCACCGCGGUGUGAACGGAAGGAAUUUGAUCUUAGUAUUGCAUCUCUAAUAUUAUACUUUGGCUGAACACUUUUAAUCAACAUCUUACUGUUCCUAAGUGACUAUAUCGUGAGUAUUCAAUCUUCUUUGUUAAAAAAUUUCAUUAAGGUUUCUAAGAUUAAUUGUUACAACUGAUAAGAAAAAUAAAAAAUAAAAGUUCUUUACUCUUUCCUCUCCAUUUUUUUGGAGACACUUUCAUUUAUAUUGAACAUGCUCUAUAAAAUACUAAGUUUUACUCUAUUUUCUAUUUGUUUGUCCACUAAAAUCCAAUUUAAUGUCGUAAAAAAUAAUAAAUUUACUCAACCUUCCCUACUAUCGGCCAAAGAAGGCUUCGAAACCUCAAAUUUGCCUUAUUUGGACUCCACAGACAACUAUCUUUUGGCCAAUAUUACUAUUGGAAAUCCGGGUAAAUUUUACAAAAUCAAAAUUUUAAAGUUAGUCUUGCUUUCAGCUCAAGAAUUACAGCUGAAAAUUGAUGUAAAUACUGACGAGUUUUGGGUGAUCUCCAAAGAAUGUAAAGCUGUGCAAUGCAGAGGAUUGAAGGGGCAUAUGUAUCCGUUCAGAAACAAACAACAGUAUGAUGCAACGUGAGUUUGAGGAAUUUGUUUUUUGAACCUUUAUCAGUCUGUCGGUAAAAUAAUGUGGAUUUGUCGCGCCUUGGAAUCAUCUAUCAUUGAUUUGCAAUGGCUGGGCGCGGCUGGAGAUUUGGUAUGCGAUUGCAACGAGGCGAGAGAAUUUGCUGCAACCAAUCCACAUUAUUUUCCCGACAGACUGUAGGCCACAUUUUUAUUAAAGGGGUUUUAAUUUACUUAAAAACUCCUAAACUUGUUUUAAUUAUUCAUUAAAAAAUAUUAAAUGAAAUUUUAGCUCGCGCUUUGCAGAAAUUUUUAAAAAUUCUUUUAAUUUUUUCAACAAAUUUUCAACCAAACCUUGGAAUGCUGGCGUUAUUCCAAUGCCAAAUUAAAAAAUAAACUUCAUUUCAGAACUUCGUCCUCAGCCCGGCCGACAACUCAAAAAUUUGGCCUUGGUUUCGGCCAAGGCUUCGUUUCCGGCAUGGGGAUUAGAGACCAAGUUACUGUAAGUACGAUUUUUCAUUACAAUUUCCUUUAAUAUCAACGAAUUACCUAAUCUUUCCAGGUCGGUGAUAUAACUCUUUCCAAUCGAGAAGUCGCCGCCGCUUCGAAUAUUCAGCUUUUCUUUGGCUAUGAGCCCGCUGAUGGUGUCUUGGGCCUAGGAUUUGAAGCGAUCAAGCCCGGAGCCAAGUCAAAUUGGGAGCUUCCAAUAGAUUCCUUGUUAGCCAACAAGGAUAAGAUCUAUUCUUUACAAUUAUCUGAAGCCGGACAUAGACAAUUGGUUGGGGAAAUUAACUUUGGCCAAGUGGACAAAGAAGUUUGUAGCGGAAAGAUUGAGUUUAUAGAGUCAAUUGAUGAGAAUUCAUGGAAAUUAAGGCUGGAUGGGAUUCGAGUUUCAGAUGUUGAGGUUGCAUUUAAUGGUAAGUUGGGCUACUCGAUUAGGGGAGUUGUCUAUAUGAGCAGUUUUUUUUAAAAAGUUAACAUUUGCGAUGGAAAUUGUAACGUUAGGUUAUACAUAUUAUCUACCCAUGGAUGGUAGUGGAAUUUUUUAAAGAAUAAGCUCGCUAAUGAUUGCCGAAUGUCGACGAAGUUUUGGACUAGAAAUCACGACCGUUUCUGCAAAACGUGGGCUACAAAAAAUCUAUUUAAAUUGCUCCUUGUCUUGUCAAAAUCGACCGACAUUGAGCACAUUCAUUACAGCAGACUUUUAGGAAGAGUUGCAUUGGACCCAGCUAGCGUCUUCAUCCAAGCUCCCAACGACCUUGUCAAUGCCAUUUACAACGUCAUCAAGCCGAUUCAUAUGUCGUAUUGGGGCUAUGUAAUGGAAUGUGAUAAGAUCCCGGAGACGCCGUCCAUUUUUAUAAAUGUGAAUGGAAUCGAGCUGGAGAUUGAGAGCAAAAACUACAUUCUUGAUGUAAGUGACAUGUAG